AUGGCUUCGCUUGUCGCAGAGGCCCACGGCGUGGAGCGCAUCGAGGCCCUGACCACCCACGUCUCGCUGGAUGUCCGCACACGCGCUCGCCUCUUGCUCGAACGCAUGUUUGGCGCGGAACCGACGACGGCAGAUCUGUCUCCACCGCUUCCACCUCCAGCGGUCACAGGCCUUUCGUCGCUCUCUUCACCGCCACCGCCGCCGCCACUGGGACACGCUGGAUGUUCUUGCUCGUAUCAACAUCAGCAUCACGCAGGCCUGGGUGCGUACCAUGCAGGUCUGUAUGAUGUUUCUGGCAAUCUCAAUCCACACGCAAGCCUGACGGCGGCAGCCCACGUCGGCCACGGAGUGGGAGUUGAACAAGGCCUGCCAGGGCAUCUACAUGCCGAUGGAGAACUUGUGGAAGUGCAGGGAUCGACCUCGGGUUCGUCGUCUGACUCAGAUCCGGACGAUGAUGAUUCGGAUGCCGACCUCAUUCCCCCUCCACCUGCACCUUGCAGCUGCGUGCUCUGCUCCGAUCCUUCGCCUCUAGCGGAAAGGCGACCGCGAGGGCGAAGCUCCUUUGACGAUUCGGAUUUCAGCAGAAAAGGGGCCUCUGCUGACGCGCGCGGGUUGUCUGAAAUACGGCAGAUUUGCAACUUUUGUUCGGGUGAAGGACGCCUCGGUGAUGGCCGAGCCGGGCUUGCCGCCAAGUUAGGUAGGGCCGUGCGACUAGGUCAUCCGCAUUGUAUAGCUAUUCUGUUAUCAAGAAUGACUUGGAGUCAGCGAGCGGCAGCGACUGAGGCUCCGGCAUUGCUACACCCAGGGGGGGGUCCUCCGGACGGAGGUGUAGGAAGCAGUCUUCCUGCAGUAAUUUUGGCGGCUCAACUUGGGAAACCUGAGUGCCUUGGUCUGUUGCUGCGGAGAUGCAAGCCGGAUCUCGACGUGACCCAUGGGAAGAAGCGACUGACCGCGUUGGCUUGGGCGGCGCACAAGGGGUAUAUGCGGUGUUGCCAAUUACUAAUCGAAUACGGAGCCAAGCCAUCUACAAAAUGCGGUGAUGGCGUGACGGCCCUGCACCUUGCGGCUUCAGGGGGCGGUCACAUCGCCAUUUGCAAACUUCUCAUAGAUCGUAAGGCACCGGUCAGCGCGCGAUCUGCGAAGAAACAGACUCCCCUUUGCCUUGCUGCGCAGAAAGGAUUUGCAAAAGUUGUUCAAAUGCUACUCGAGCAUGGCGCCGAUCCCAACAACGAAGAUGAAGGCAAGUACACGCCUUUGCAUUUGUCUGCGUCCAACGGCUUUGUGCCGUGUGUUGAACUGCUUCUGCAAGCGGGAGCUCGCGUCGACUCUACAACCAGAAAAGGGGUAACUCCGUUACACUACGCGGUUCAGGGAGCCCACGCAGACGCUGUGAAGCUACUUAUUGCGGCUGGGGCAAAGGUGAAUUGUACAAGAAAACCUCUUCUUCUCAUUGCUGCCGAUGACGGCAACUUGGAAGUUGUGCAGAUUCUGCUUGAUGCCUAUGCGACAAUUGACUGUAAGGCAAACAUCAAGGCCACUUUGGAUAAGGAUCUAGAGGUUUACGACUACCUCACUCCGUUGCAUUUGUCUGCUUCAAAGGGUCACCAUGAGGUUGUGGAUCUGCUUUUAACUCGGGGAGCGUUUGUGAAUGAAGUGACGUCGAAAAGUGGGUGGUCAGCCUUGGACUUUGCUGUUCUGAACGGGCAUGCCGAAUGCGCUGUCACCCUCCUUAAUCAUGGUGCCACUGUCACCGACAACUGCAAGGGCAUUGGCAGAAACAAUUGGACACUUGUGCAGUAUGCGGCCCAUCACCAAGCGAAGGACGUAGUACGAUUACUAAUCCAGCGCCUCAAAGAGCAACGCAUGAACGCUUCCACCAUUUCGACGCAUAUUGGGGAACCAAACACGGCUGCGACUUCGGCAACAGGUGUUUCUCAAGGUGUUGUUGAUCGUUCAGAUAUCAGCGCUCCAAACGGAUCAACAAUACCACUGCCUCUGGAAGAGAAGGAGCGACUGUCUUAUCAUUUUCCUGGCGACGCAGAGAUAGAUGACAGCUCUUAUUUCGCUACCGAUGAACAUGGGUCAUUCCAGCACCACUAUCAUCAUCACUAUCAUCACUCGGAUCGAGUCGCUGACGUUAACACUGGAUACCAUCGCUAUGAUCCAAGGUCUGCAGAAGGUGACGAAAGCGCAUUUCCGGCAUCCAGAGCCGAGAAUUCUGCAGGCCCUCAAGAUAGAGCCGGCGGAUCUCGUCGACGAGUGGUGAAGGAGGACCGACAAAGUACCUUGCGCCGGCGCGAGAUAAAGAAGAGAGAAGCUGAAGCAACCGAUGCUCGUGAUCGCCUUGAAGAGGCCAUUUCACAGCGAUCUGUCUCAAAACUGACCGAAGCCAUUGCUCAUGUGAGCAAGUUGGUCCUUCAUCUGGCAACCUCCGUGGGAGGUGACAUCAGUGCAGGCGGCCAUCUGGACCACAGCGACAUGAAUGGCUAUGGAUCACACGUAGAUGCGUAUGGUCAUGUUGGACACGUCCAUUCUCCUGGAGGAAGUCAUUCGAAGCAAGUUGCUGGGACAGCAAGUUCAGUUGUUUCUGCCCCGCUUGCAAUGGAAGUGGGCCUCGGCAAUGAGGUGCAAAAAGCGAGGAAGAUUCUUGCUGGUUUAUUGGCAGAAGAGAAGCGCAUGCGUGAGGAGAAAGAAAGAGAGGUCGCAGACACGAAGCGGGAUAAUACUCAGCAGACGGUGAAGAAGGCAAUUACUGCGGCCCUACAAGGUGGCGAUCCACGUUCGCUCGGAAGGGUUACGAAUCGCGCAACUCGCACUGUCUUGGACAAAGCGAACCCCGUGGUCGUUGAGUCGAUUGCUGUGUCCAGUUUGAUAUCUAACUUGGAGAAGUGGGAGAGCCAUAUGAAGGUCGCAACAAGCAAGAAAAAUCUUGAUGGUUUGGCGGAAGCUCUGCCAGAAGUAUCGGGCUUGGUGUCUGAGCUGAAGAAACGAGGUGGUGACGGUGCUGCGACACGUGUUUUCGGGGGUUCCGACCCUGCAAAGUCGUUAGAAUCUGCUAACCAGCUCCUUGAUGACCUGAAAUCUAAGCGAGAGAACGAACUUGCCAAGGAAGCUGAGGCAAGAGCCAAGGAGAAAGCGGCUCAAGGGCGCCUAGCGAAAGCAAUUGAAUCUGAUGACAUCGUAGAACUUGAAAAGGCGCUUGAUGUUGCGAAUAGUGCUCUUCUAACGAAGCAGUCGGAGCUUGCGACAACGAUUGAGUCUGGGAAGAAGGUAAUGACGAAGUGGUUGAAAAUGGAGCGAAGAAAACUCAGACAAGCCAGCAAUUCUGGAGACCCAGCUAUUAUUGAGAAGGCAGCUGCAAUGGCCGAGUCGUUUGGACUUCAGGCUUUAGGAUCUGAGAUCGAAACGGCAAAAAAAUUGGCUGGGAAACUGAGAAAGCAAGCCGAAGCAGUUCAGAUCCUCCAAGACGCCACUGCGCAAGCGGAUGUCUCUGCGUUGACGGCCAUUCGAAAACAGCUCACAACACUUGGAAUGUUUGCGGAAGCUGAGCAGGCUCGUGCCGAGGUUGAGAGACUACAAAGGGCUACACGCGCACGCACCUUACUAGAAGGGGCCAUCGAAGAAACGAAGAAGUGUAGAGAGCAAUUCUCACAGGUCUCAUCUCAAGAUGAGAAUACACCGGCGGAGGAUGUGGAAUUGCGCUCUUCUUGGACAUGGCCUGAUGUUCAACGUCUCGGUGAUCUGUCAGACCGCGCGCGAAAAUAUGGGCAACCUAUGAAAUCCCUUUGCGACAAUGCUGACCAGCUUGCCACGGAGAUCGCCGCUCUUGGUCGUCAGGUGCUUGCGCUCACUACGCGCAGCAAUGAUGCUCGAGGCAUAGCUGCAGUUAUUGCCGGAUAUGAAAACUCAUUUGUGAACGUUGCGAGGUCGGACCUUUUCAACGUCCCAGCUGGAGAGAAGGCAUUAAGGGAUGCGCGUCAGCGGCUUCAUGAGGUGCAGGCGAUGGAUCAGGCCUCGGUGAAGGCAGAAUCGGCUCAGGUUAAGGUUGAGUAUGCGCUCGCCACCUCGAGGCGGUCUGCUGCACGACAUCGCGGUGGGAAGGGACCCAAAUCCCAAGCACAAGCACAGAGUACACAUGGGAAUGGGUCUUAUCCUGUGCUUCAACCGACUACCGCGAAUGGGCGACCAAGCAUUGAACAAGACACCUUUUCCCCUUCAUCACUGUCCUCUGAAUUUGCUGAAGACGAUGAGGGUGACACUGACAGCAGUCUGCCGCCGCUGGACGGAAGUGAGGAGGCCUCCACUAGAUCUUUAGACGGACAUCCAAAGGGGGCUGUGUCGAGGAAGCCUCGUGGAGUUGGGCAAGGUGACGAUGCUGCGCUCUUGGAUUCGCUGGUGGAUAUGUCGGUGUCGUCAAGCGAAUGCUCUCACUUUUACUUGUUCAAAGAAGGUACUACUGUUUGUUGCGCCCGUUGCGGACACUUGCGCAAUUCGGGAAACCCAAACUGGCUAGCUCGCGUCAAGGAGCGGGAUAAUAAGCUUCCUCCAGAGCUUGGAAACGUGGCGUUACCGAGUUACGGGUCUGCCCCAGACUUGUAUUCUGCCUUUUCCGCUAUCGGUGCCCAGCUGAACGGCCAAGUGCGACCGUCUCCGGCAGUUACUGGAAGUCAACCUGUCUCGGAGCGUGGAAUACAACGACCAGGUUACUUGAAUGUUUCCAAGGCCAGCACCAAGAAAACGAUUCAUCCUACUGGAGCUGUUUCCAGCGGACAGGAUCCGACGAGAUCCAUUUCCGGAGCAGGGGGACGCACUAGCCCUCACCCCGCUAGUGUGAACAUGAUGGCGCAGCUGAUUCAGCAACACCAACUGCAGCAGCAGCAGCACUAUCACCAAUCUCAGCAACAGCGCUCUCAUGGCCGACAGCCCCCGGCACAAGUGAGGCAAAGUCAACAGCCUCAAUUGCGACCACAGCAAACGCCAGGACAUAUGGCAUCCAGUCUCCCACAGGCGCAGAGUCAUCAAGUCUCAAAGAACAGCCAGGCGCACAGAAGCCGAGGAAGACCUCAAGCGGGCCACGUGAACGCCAGCGUAGAGGACACAGCUGGUUUGACAGCAAUGUAUGCUGGAGCUCUUGGAGCAGGUCGAGGUGUAGGAGGAGCGCAGAAUGCGAUGGGAAUGGCGUCGAAGUACACUCCGACAUCAAACCUGCAAAAUGUUGCUCCAGUGAUGAAAGCAACCCCGCAAGGGCCAAUGCACGGAUACGGCAUGGCAGUAUCUAGAGCGCUACCAGUAAUUCAUCCGAAAGCUGGGCACUCUGUGCGUAAUGAUUUGGGAGUAGUCAGCGGUGUGAACCAAAGCGGACUGGGGAUGGAAGUUCCGGACGCGAACCACCACGCAGGCCGUGGGAGCAACGGGAUGUCAUCGCGGAUGCCCUCCAGCCGGGCUGUUGCAGCUGAGGAAAUUGGGGGGCCGGGGCUUGACCUCGGGCUUGACUUCGCAAAUGAAAACUUUGGGUUCGACAUUGGUGCAAUUGUUGAUGAAAUCCCUCCGCCAAAUUCUAGUGAAGCAGGUGUAGGUUCGCAGGAUUUGGGCCGGCCGUCCGAGCACAAUAGCAUGUACACUUCGACCUCACAUGCGCAAGCAAAUGGUUUCUAUCAACGUUAGAGCAGAGUACACUCAUGACAGCAGGCUUGUUUUUUUAAAGUCGAUACCUUCGUGACAGAAUCACU